GCUGUUUACCAGACUCUUCAUCUGCUAAAUGAGCUCCAUUGACUCCUUCAGUGAAGCCGCUCCACAGCCGUUCAUGAGAGUUUAAAUGCUGGAGAAUAUUCCCAUCUUCCCAGAGCUGAAGAAGAAGCAAGCAGGAGGAAUUACUCCAGGAGAAACUACUGACAUACUGUUGGAAAGAUGGAGUUUGAGGAAGACCCCUGCAGAAUGAGAGAUGAAGAUACAGAGGAACUAACAGAUGAAGAUGGAAAGGAUGUCAGUCAAAAACAAGCUAGAAAAACUGGAGUCAAAAAACCUUUCACCUGCUCUGAUUGUGGAAAGAGUUACUCACGUAAACAAGACCUUAACAGACACACGAGAUUUCACACUGGAGAAGGACUGUUCACAUGCACUCAGUGUGGAAAAGUUUUCACAGGGAAAGGAAAGCUGGAUGUACACAUGAGAGUUCACACUGGAGAAAGACCGUUCACAUGCACUCAGUGUGGAAAGAGUUUCGUAUCCAGAAGCUUUUUUAAAGAUCACCUGCUCUCUCACACUGGAGUGAAGUCGUUCCAUUGUGAUCAGUGUGAUAAAACAUUUGCUGUGGCAUCAAACUUAAAAAGACAUCUCAAAGUUCAUGCUGGUGUGAAGCCUCACUUUUGUUCUUUUUGUGAAAAGACUUUUGCACAUCUGCAAAAGUUAAAAGAGCAUGAGCGUAUUCAUACUGGUGUGAAACCUUAUGUGUGCUUGGACUGUGGAAAGAGCUACACUACAGCAUGUGCAUUAAAAGCACACCAAAGGAUUCACACUGGAGAGAAACCUUACAUGUGCUCACACUGUGAAAAGUGUUUUGCUCAUUUAUCAUCCCUGCAAUUUCAUGAGAGAGUUCAUACUGGAGAGAAACCGCACCAGUGCCCUUCAUGUGGGAAGAGUUUUGCUCACUACCCAAAUCUGCACGUUCAUAUUAAAAAAAAGCGUUGCCCAAAGUUGCCCAAGUGAGAAAUGUUUCAGAUUUCAGAUUCAUCACAUCACAUUUGGUAAACAACUCUUGAAAGAUGAAAUAUAUUAAAUCAGUCAAAUUUGGCUAUGGGGUUGGAUGGGGUUAAUUUACGAUGUCUUUUAUUCUGUAUAUGCCCUCUUAAAUGUAUUCUGAUUGCAUGUUUUGAAACAAUGAGAAAUAAAA